AUAUUCUUGAUCAGGUUGCUGAUUUAGAUGGGUUGCCAUUAACAAAGGAUCCAUAGAAGAAGAUUAAAAUAUCACACAAGAAAAGGGGUGAUAACUGGAAUAAGAAGAGUAUAUUCUUUGAUCUUCCAUAUUGGAAAACCUUAUUGUUGCGACAUAAUCUUGAUGUGAUGCACAUUGAAAAUAAUAUAUGUGACAGUAUUUUGGGGACAAUCUUAGAUGUCAAAGGGAAAACAAAAGACACCUUGAGUACUCGGUUGGAUUUACAACAAAUGAAAAUACGAAAAGAAAUGCAUCCAAUACAAAAUGGAGAUAAAUAUGAGUUGCCAGCAACACCUUACACAUUAUCUGAUGAAGAUAGGCAAAAGUUUUUCAAAUUUUUGAGGAAUUUAAAGGUCCCAAAUGGAUUUUCCUCAAAUAUUUCUCAAUGUGUCAACCUUAAGGAUAAAAAAAUUUCAGGAUUAAAAAGUCAUGAUUGUCAUAUAAUUCUACAACAUUUACUCCCUCUUGCCAUGCGUGGUAUGCUUUGUAAAUCCGUGUCUGAACCACUUAUUGAGUUGUCUAUUUUUUUCAAAGUGCUUGGAGAAAAAUGUUUGAGCGUAGAGGAGUUGGAACAAAUAGAAGCUCAAAUACCAAUAACAUUGUGUAAGUUAGAAAAGGUGUUCCCUCCUACAUUUUUUGAUGUCAUGGUGCACUUGUCUGUUCAUCUACUUGAUGAAGCUAAGAUUACCGGACCAAUUCAAUAUCGAUAGAUGUAUCCAAUAGAGAGAUACCUACACUUUUUGAAGUGUUUUAUUGGUAAUAUGGCUCACCCUGAAGGUUCGAUUGUAGAGGGAUAUUUAGUAGUUGAAUGUAUGACUUUAUGUUCAAGGUAUUUGAAUACAAUAAAGACAAAGUUUAAUUGUCCGGAAAGAAAUUAUGAUGGUGAUGUAAUUGAAUCUGAGGGUGGUUUGACAAUAUUUUGUGAACCUGGAAAAAGUUUAAAGGGUAGCACACCAGACAAACUUUAUUCAAACGAUAUGGAGGACGCACAUUUUUAUAUUUUGAAGAACUGUGUUGAAAUUCAACCAUUUCUCGAAGAAUUUUCACAAAUUUAUAGUGAGACCUCUCAACAAAGUUCCGAUGUGGAGUGGAAUAGAAAAUUCAUUAGUUGGUUACAAAAAAAGGAUUAUACAAACAUGAUGAUAGUAAGAGAAUGGAAGAUUUGCUAUCUUUAUCACGUGGCCCUAUGCCAUAUGUCACAAGAUUCAAAGGCCAUAUUGUUAAUGGAUAUAGGUUUCAUGUGAAAGCGUAUGAUCAAUAUUUGAAAACUCAAAAUUGUGGAGUGGUUGUAGUAGGUGAGACCGGUGAAGAACAAAACCAUAUGAAUUACUAUGGCGAGUUAACCGAGGUUCUUGAAUUACAAUUU